AGGCUGCAUCUUGUUCCGUUAGAAGCCGUGCACGAACUCCUUGUUUGAGGAGACGCGAGGCCCCCUGACAACAGAGCUACUUAUUCCCUCCCUGUCUUUAGCACGGACCGGCAAUCGUUUCAAAAGCACAGACCUUUGUUUUAGUUGUAGCAGACCCUUCGGUCUUCCCUUGGUUUAUCUAAUCCCGUUGCGUAUCCCUCACCAUGGCGGCGAGUGCGAAACGAAAACAAGAGGAGAAGCACCUGAAGAUGCUGAGAGAAAUGACGAGUUUGCCUCCCAACAGAAAGUGCUUUGACUGCGACCAGCGCGGCCCAACCUAUGCCAAUAUGACUGUGGGCUCCUUCGUAUGUACCUCCUGCUCUGGCAUCCUACGAGGACUGAAUCCGCCCCACAGAGUUAAGUCCAUCUCCAUGACAACCUUCACGCAACAGGAAAUCGAGUUCCUACAGAAACAUGGAAAUGAGGUGUGUAAGCCGAUGUGGCUCGGCCUUUAUGACGACAGGACCUCCUCAGUGCCAGACUUCAGGGAACCGCAGAAAGUCAAGGAGUUUCUUCAAGAAAAAUACGAGAAGAAAAGAUGGUACGUACCCCAGGAGCAAGCCAAAGCAGUGGCAUCCGUCCAUGCUUCCAUCUCUGGCUCCUCAAACAGCAGCACCAGCAGCACUCCUGAGGUCAGACCACUUAAGUCCCUGCUGGGGGACUCAGCCCCCUCCCUACACCUCAACAAGAACACCCCACCUAACCAGUCUCCAGUGGUGAGCCGUGGACAAACCCACCAGCAGCAGUUCCACGACAAGAGGUUUGACCUCCUCAGUGACUUGGGUGGAGACAUCUUUGCUGCCCCGCCCAACAUGAAUGCUGGCGCCAGCUCCAGUUUUGCUAACUUUGCACAUUUCAACAGCCACACAACGACACAGAAUGCCAAUGCAAAUGCAGACUUUGCUAAUUUUGAUGCAUUCGGGAGUACGUCUGGGUCGUCAGGUGGUUUCCCCUCCGCACCCCAACAACCCCCCUUCAAUCCCUCAAACACAGCGUUCACUGUGCUCUCAUCCAGCUGCAGUGUGGGUGAGUUUGCCACUGCGCUGCCUCUCCAGGGUGCACACAGUAGCGCCACAGGGGGACAAUUGGCAAAUGCCAAUUUUGCAAAUUUUGACAACUUCCAAUCGUGUAGUGCUGACUUUGGAUCCUUCAGUCCCUCCUCCCAGAGUAACUCCACAGGAGCUGGCACAGGUGUACAGAGUUCUAGCAUCCAUGCCGAUAAAUACGCAGCCCUGGCUGACCUGGAUAACGUGUUUAGCUCUGCAAAUACAGAGCAAGGAGGUGGUAUUCCUGGCGGGGUGAGUGCAGCCUUAUCGGCAGGAGUAGGCAGUGUGCCCCAGAGGCAGGCAACGGAGGGGGACCGCUAUGCUGCUCUAGCUGAGCUUGACACAGUAUUUGGCGCUCCAGUCCCUGCAACCGGGGUUUACAACACAACCAGCGCACCCCAAGGGGUCGUUUUUGGCCAAGAGACUGGGGUGUCAGCAGCACAAGCACAACAAAGCAUGCCAGGCAUGGCUCAAGGUUAUGGAGGUCAGUCAACUAAUCCGUUCGUAGUUGCUGGAGUUGCCCCUGCAGCAGCAACCACCAACCCAUUCCAGAGCAACGGUGGAACAGCAAAUAUGGCAGCAGCGGCAGCUGCAGCAGCAGCGGCAGCAGCAUCAUUUGGCACAGGCUCCAUGAGUAUGCCGGCUGGAUUUGGGAACCCUUCAGCCUACAACCUCCCCACCAGCUUUAGUGGAACCUUCCAGCAACCCUUUCCUGGCCAGGCUCCCUUCCCUCAGCCCCCUGCUUAUCCUCAGCAACCUAACGGUGGAGGGUAUCCAGUCUAUGGCCAGGCAAAGCCUGUUGUGACUCCUUUUGGACAGACCAUGGCUGGACCUAUGGUCUCCAGCAACCCCUUUCCUGGUUAGUAAAAGGGCUUCAUGGGUGCUGGUCCAUCCGCACAAUAUCCAGCAGGAGGCUCCUCAACAAAUCCCUUCUUAUAGCAAUCCAUCCAAUCAGCACCACUACAGGGUCAACAACUGGCGCGCUUGCACCUAUUGCACUGUUUUGUUUCACAAGUAGCUUUAAAAACACAAUGUUUGUAAGGAUUU